UUCCAGAGCACAGGGGCACAGCGCAGGAAGAAACCUCCGCGCAGAGCGUCGAGGAUCGACGCUCUCCGCCGUGCCAUGGACAGUGGCUGGGCCUCCGGAGGCCCCGGAGGCCUCCGAGCCGCCGUGCCCGUGCAGCAGCGCAGCAGGCAGGAGGCUCAGCGUAGGAGCACAGCCUGCCCGGGACCAGCGUGGCGCGUGCACACGGGAGGUAUCCCCGCGGAGCUCCGACCAUUUCUGCUCGUCCGUCUGCUCGCUGACCGCAGCGGCAGCUGGGCUUUCGCCGGGGCCCUGCCCAGAGGUUUUUGA